AUGCCUGCUCCUCACGGUGGUGUCUUACAAGACCUUAUUGCUAGAGAUUUACCAAUCAAAGAUGACUUAUUAAAAGAAUCUGAAACUUUACAAUCAAUCAUUUUGAAUCCUCGUCAAUUAUGUGAUUUGGAAUUGAUCUUGAACGGUGGGUUUUCUCCUUUGACUGGGUUCUUAACUGAAAAAGAUUACAAUGGUGUUGUUGAGAAAUUACACCUAGCCAACGGUUUAGUGUGGACUAUUCCAAUUGUUUUGGAUCUAUUCAAAAAAGAUGCAGAUUUGUACAAAGUUGGUGAAAGAGUCACUUUAAGAGACGAAGAUGGUUAUGCCUUGUCCAUUUUGACCAUUGCUGAUAAAUACCAACCAGAUAAACAAAACGAAGCUAAAAAAGUGUUUGGUGGUGAUCCUGAACAUCCAGCUAUCAAAUAUUUAUUCGAUGUUUCUGGUGAUGUUUACAUUGGUGGUGACUUGCAAGCUAUUAGAUUACCAAUCCAUUACGAUUACACAGCUUUAAGAAAGACUCCAAACCAAUUGAGAGAUGAAUUCGCUUUGAAAGGCUGGGAUAGAGUUGUUGCCUUCCAAACAAGAAAUCCAAUGCACAGAGCUCAUAGAGAAUUAACCGUUAGAGCUGCAAGAGAACAUACUGCUAAUGUCUUGAUUCACCCAGUUGUUGGUUUAACAAAACCUGGUGAUAUUGAUCAUCACACAAGAGUUAGAGUUUAUCAAGAAAUUAUUAAAAGGUACCCAAGUGGUUUGGCUCAAUUAUCUUUAUUACCAAUUGCCAUGAGAAUGGGUGGUCCAAGAGAAGCUGUUUGGCAUGCAAUUAUUAGAAAAAAUUAUGGUGCAACCCAUUUCAUUGUUGGUAGAGAUCAUGCUGGUCCUGGUUCAAACUCAAAAGGUGUUGAUUUCUAUGGUCCAUAUGAUGCUCAAGAAUUGGUUGAAGAAUAUAAACAUGAAUUAGGUAUUGAUGUUGUUCCUUUCAGAAUGGUUACUUAUCUACCAGAUGAAGACCGUUAUGCUCCAAUUGAUACCAUUAAAGAUGGCGUAAGAACUUUGAACAUUUCAGGUACUGAAUUAAGAAAAAGAUUAAGAGAUGGUUCAGAAAUCCCAAGUUGGUUCUCAUACCCUGAAGUUGUUAAGAUUUUGAGAGAAUCUCAUCCACCAAGACCAAAACAAGGUUUCACACUAUAUUUAAACUCUUCAAUUCUAGCUCAUGCUUUAUUAGCUACUUUCAAUCAAUUUGGUGGUAGACAUUACACCAUUUUGAAUAAACAAUAUGCUUCACCUUUUAUUGCUCAUGAAUUAACAAGAUCAGGUGCUGGUGUGAUCAUCUUGAAUGAAAGUGAUGAUUCAAAAGCUAUUGCGGAAUUCAAAAAAGAAGUUUCAAAAGCUGGUACUUUUAUUACUGUUAAUGAUGAAGCUGAUAAAGUGCAAUAUAAUGAACCUGAAGUCACUGUUGAUCUAAGUGGUAAUCCAUUAACUGCUGUUCAAAAAAUCGUCUUGUAUCUUGAAGAACAAGGAUUUUUCCGUUUCUAA